AUGAAAGAAGGAGAAUUACACCAUCGAAUUGUUAUUAUCGAUUUUUUAGAUUAUUUUAUAAAAACGUCAAAAAUGAUCACUCGAACAUUGAGUGUAGUUGAUUAUAUUUUGCUUUCUAUUUUACUAUUGUCAUCAGCUGUUAUUGGUAUUUUAUUUGGAUUUGUAAAGUCGAAGAAAAGUUCAGCUAAAGAAUUUUUACUAGGUAGCGGAUGGCGGUAUGGGGGUACGCAUAUAUUAAAGUUUGAUGUUAUUCCAACGGCUCUAAGUAUUUGUGUGUCAUUUUUGUCAGCUAUAACAUUAUUAGGUACACCCUCUGAAGUGUAUCUCUAUGGAACAAUGUACGUUUAUCAAGCGAGUCUAGCAACAGCAACAAUCUUCAUGCCUAAAUUUCGUGAGAUGAAUUUUACUAGUGCUUAUGAAGUAAUUUUAAGAUACAUAUUAAAACAUCAUAAGCGAUCAGCUAAUCUAAAAUUUUUUCAGUAUUUAGAAAAAAGAUUUGAUAAUUCUGUUAGACAAGCAGCAUCAUUGGCAUUUUCAGUAUUUAUGUUGAUCUACAUGGCGAUAGUAUUGUAUGCCCCGGCAUUAGCACUUAGUCAAAGGGGACGAAUUCAAUUUGACAGUGUUAGUUUUGAUCCUCGAACACGACAUACCAUUUGGAGUUUACUUAUUGGUGGUACAUUUAAUUCACUGUCUACUUAUGGUUUUAAUCAAACUCAAGUUCAGCGUUACAUGUGUGUUAAUUCAACGAGAGGUGCCAAGCAAGCGCUAGCUAUUAAUGCUGUUGGAGCCGCUUUGGUCAUAGCGAUGUCCUGUUUGAUCGGAGUUAUAUUGUACGCUUAUUAUGCAACAUGUGAUCCUUAUACGGCUAAAUAUGUUCGUGAUAUCGAUCAAAUAUUUCCCUACUUUGUCAUGGAAGUACUGAGCGAUAAAAAGGGUUUACCUGGUGUAUUUUUGGCUUGUAUAUUCUCUGGCUCCUUGUCAACCGUUUCAUCUGGUUUGAAUAGUUUAUCGGCUGUUAUUAUUGAAGAUGUUUGGAAAGGAUUAUUUAAAAGAAAAUUAACCGAUGAACGACAAGGUUUUGUAUCAAAAAUAUUCUCCGUUUUUUUGGGCGCUGUUGUCAUGUUAUUAACAUUGGUUGUCUCAUAUUUGGGUAGUAUAUUGAAUGCAGCUUUAUCUUUAUUUGGAGUAUUAUCUGGACCAGUAAUGGGUGUUUUCUUUUUGGGCUUCUUCUUUCCGAUGGCUAAUCGACACGGUGGAAUUAUCGGAUUUGUAGUAUGUCUCGCAAUUCAACUGUGGAUUUUUUUUGGUGCUCAAAUUUACAAAGGGCAAAUGACAAGUGAAAGAUUACCACUAUCGAUAGCAAAUUGUCCAAUACAAAUCGGAAAUUAUACUAACAUAACAAAUUAUUAUUCAUCAUUAUCAUUCACUUUACAAACAGAAUCUUUUUCUACAACAGCUAAAUCAAUAGUUUUAAGAAAAAAUGCAUUAUUACCAUUUUAUUCAAUUAGUUAUAUGUGGUAUGCUCCGAUAGCUGUUAUAGUUACAUGUACUGUUGGUGUUAUUGUUAGUUAUAUAACAGGACCAUUGAAACCGAAUGAGAUCGAUCCUAAAUUAAUUAUUCCAAUAUUUGAUAAAAUAUGCUGUUGUUUACCAAAGAAUAUUAGGAAAAAAUUACAUUUUGGUACUGAUUAUUAUACAUACCAAAAUAAAGAUUUAGAAUUGAAAGUCGACGAUGCCACCUAUCAUACAUUUCAUACAAGUGCAAGUGCAGCAACAUUGACUGACACAAAUUUAAACUAUUCUAAAACAAAUAUAAUCACACCCCUCAAACAGAAAUCAGAUCAAACUUUGAAUAAAAUUAUUUCUUCUCAAGAUAAUACAGUACCAGUACCAUUAACAUUUACAGCCGUUAAUAACAUUGACGAUACAUCUAAUGAUCAAGUAACUCGAAUGUAA